CUCUUGUUGCUUCAUUGUGCGCUGAUGAGUCACGGCAGCUGGACCCAGCAUAUAUAAUAACCCCAGCAUCCCGAGAGCUCCUCAGAGCGCCAGCCGUCAGCUCUGCGCUGCCCUCACCCCGGUACCUCCCAGAAGUGACGCCGUCGAUACGAUGAAGACCACGUCCGUGUUUCCCGUCUUCCUGCUGGGAAUCCUCUUUGGGCUCAGCCAUGCGCUGCUUCCUCCGGAGAGCCUGAAACAGAUAUCAGAAGAAGGCAGUAAAUACAUCACAACGCAGUUUGAAAAUGCCCUGAACGGCGUGAAGAAGAUGAAACUUAUCAUGGACAGUACCGGGAAGGAACAUCAGGAGAUCCUGCGCACGUUGGAUGAAACCAAGAGGAACAAGGAGGAAGCCCUCAAGCAAGCCAUGGAGUCAGAGCAGCAGUUGGCCGAGACACAGGAGGUCUGUAACGAGACCGUUCGUGCAUUAUGGGAGGAGUGCAAACCCUGCCUGAAGAAGACCUGCGUCCGAUUCUACUCCAAGACGUGCAGGAGCGGCUCAGGCCUGGUGGGGCGUCAGUUUGAAGAAUUCCUGAACCGAUCUUCACCCUUUUCUAUAAUGAUAAACGGCGAAAAAAUCGACACCUUGACAAAGGAGGACGAAGAACAACACAUGGCCCUGGAGGACCUGGAGGACGGGUACAGCAUCGUGGAGGACAGCGUCGAUGAAAUCUUCCAGGAGAGCAUCAAGGCCUUUAACCAAAUGAAGCCUUUCUUCCCCAGCGCUCUCCGUAGUCAUUUUCUUGCCCCCCAGUGGAAUCCUUUCCAGCACCUGAGUCUCCCGUUUUCAGCGUCGGGGAGGCGCAGGGAGAGAUCUCCGCUGUUCAGCCCGUACUUCUCUGGGGGGUUUGAAUCUCUUUUUGAAGCAGCCCAAAAAAUGAUGGAAAGAAGCCAUCAGUUGGCCGGUCAAGUGCCUCGGUGGGACGGGCCGAGCUCCUCGGAAGUAAACAUGACGAACGACAAGGUGGUCUGCCGAGAGCUGAGACGCAAUUCAGCCGGCUGCUUGAAGAUGAGCGAGAAAUGCGAAAAGUGCAAGGAGAUUCUGGCGAUCGAUUGCUCCGGGAUGGAUUCCAUCGAGGCUCGUCUGAAGGAGAAGUUUGAGGAUUCCGUGCGCUUGGCAGAGAAACUGACGCGGCAAUACGACGAUCUGCUGCAGAGAUUCCGCCAGCGCAUGCUCAAUACCACCGGCCUUCUGGAGCAUCUGAACCAGCAGUUUGGGUGGGUCUCCAGACUCGCCAACCUGACUCGGGACCACAACGACGGAAUAUUCCAGAUUUCUACGGUUUAUUCCAAGUCCAGUAGAGACGGCGUUCCCUCCGACACCACGGCCACCGUGAAGCUUUUCGACUCCGAGCCUUUUACGUUCACGGUGCCGGCCGACAUCCCGUUUGAAGAUCCAAAGUUUGGAGAGUUGGUGGCCCAGGAGGCCCUGAAGAGAUUUAAGACGGAAGUCAUUGAAGCGGCCUGACGAGACGCAGCGGGGUUUGCUUCUGCCGUUAAGUGCUUCGGUCGGAUCCUGCAGAUCAUCCGACGUUCCAAAUAGAUCUCCUGAACCCACCGCUGAUCCCAGUCUUACCACUGCUGUCUUAUCACUGUUACUGCCGCAUAGGAGCUGCUUUUUUUUUGUAGGGACCAAAAAAAACAAAAAAAAACCCUUCCAAAUAAUAAAGGACCUAGAAAUGAAA